AUGGUCGCCGCGGCUUCCCUGGCGCCCCCUGGUCGGCGGCUGGGUCUUCGGAGCUUGACAAGCUGCUGGCUAUUCCCGGCCAAACUUCGGGAGGCAGUGGCGGAGGCCCGCGACUUCGUCCCGCCGCCGCCCGCAGCAGCCCAGCGGACCCUGGAGCAUCAGCUGCAGUCGGCCACGGACCGCCGCAUCAACCUCCAACGCCAGCUCGACGAGGCAGCCGACGCCCUGCUGGCGGUCGAGGAGCACCUGGACGAAUGCCGUGGCUGUCGCGACACCUGUGCGGCCAGCCUGGCGGAGGCCCAGGCGGAGGAGGCCAAGCUCCUGCGUAGCCGCGCCCAGGCCUCGGGCAUCGCGCCACCGACUCCUGGCGGCUCGACGUCGGUCACCUCCACCUUCGACGUGGCGUCGCUCGAGAACUUCAGCGAGCUGGAGGAGGAGGCCCAAGCUUAUCUCCGACAGAUGUGCGAGGAGGGCCACAGGGUCACGCUGGAGGCCCAGGCGACAUUCGAGCGCAACUGUCAGGAACAGCUCCAGCGGUUCAAGCAUGACGUCGAUGAGGCCGCGGCCAGCAAGCGCCGCAAGCGGGGGCGCCCUCUGCCAGACGGGCCUGCUGGGGCACCCGCUCAGAAGCCAGGAGCAGCAGCUGCGGCCGAGCAGCAGGCGGCCCCCCCUGCUGCGGCAGCGGCUGCCGCGGCCCCCGCCGCUGCGGCAGAACCCUCCAGCGGUUCCCGCGAGCACGCAGCGAGGGCAGCCGAGCUCGGGGCAGCAGCAGCCGAGGCAGCCAUCCAGCGGGCCACCGAGCCGAGGGUGGCCAGGGCGCCUGCCAUCUGCUUCGAGCAGCGCCUGCCCCACCUGGAGCCCCUUGCACUGCAGCAGGGCUCGCUGGAGGGCGACCUCCGCAUCUGCGCCCAAAACGGAAAUACUUGGAACUCGAUCGCCAGCGCCCUCGAGUGGCUGCGCAGAAGAGGGGCCGAGCCGCGCGUGACGCUGGCCCAGGGGGCUCGCUUUUCCUCCCAGACGGCCGAGGAGCAGGCCCACGGAUGGGCCAACCGAUGCGACUUCCAGUUGGCAUGCUCGGCAGCGCUCAGGACUGGCCAGCAGCGCGGGUUCCUCUCCCGCAUGAUCUCGCCGGGCAAGGGCGCCACCAUCGCCGUGAUCUCGGUCUACCUUGAGGAGUCCGUAGGCAGGCGCGACCAGUUGGUCGAGUCGCUCGCUCGGCCCCUUGCCGACGCUGGGCCUGAAGGCCCCAUCGAGGCGCGGUUCACCCAAGCGGAGAUGGCCUUGCAGGCCAGGCGCAGACGGGGCCCGGGCCCAGGCGGCUCGCCAGGAGGCUGCGCGACCCGACGAGAGCAGCAGCUGCGCGAGGCGGCGCUCCGCCUUCGCGGCGAGUUUCAGGACCUGGGAGCCACUGUCUUCGACGGCGCCAUUUUCCCCCAGACAGACGUGGGCUGCAACCUCAUGGCCAUGAUUGAGCAGCUCGCGGUCAAACGUGCCAGGGGGGGCGCCCAGGCCAGCAAGCAGAAGUGGGACGACUUCACCGAGAUGGCCUUCGAGAGGAAGGGGCCCGCUGCCCGCGAGGUGUCCAAGAAGACCCACGUCGAGCCAACGCCCGUCCUGGAGGCGGGCUUCACUGACGAUGCUCUCGUUGGACAGCCUGCCCUUGAAAGGGUCCUCGCGGACUGGCCCCCUCUCUGGGUGAGGCCAGUUCGGACGAAGCAGGAGCGCCCUGGGCAUUGGGAGUCUGGGGAAUGGUCGCUCAAUCCCAUCGCGAUCGACGAGUUCAAGCUGGUGGCCCGAAAGUUCCCCAAUACCUUCGGCUUGGGGUGGGGCAACUUCCAUCCUCGUGCGCUGCUGGAGGUCGGGGGCGAUGUCCUACGUAGGCUCGCCAGCGCGCUUAACUCCUGGGAGCGCUGCCCGCGCCGCGGCGAACUCUGGGCCGUCAUCGUGGUUUUCCUGCCCGAGCCCGACGGCGGCCAGCGCCCCAUCGGGCUCGUGCCGCUGCUCGCCAGGAUCUGGUCCCGCAGCCGACUGAGGGGGCGUGCUAAGUGGGAGCGGUCCAUCGACCAACAGUUCAACCUUGAGGAGGCUGGGUCCGUCUACGCCGCCCUCGCAAAGUACAGCGAGCACAUAGGGCACGAGGAGCUCAGAAUUGCGGCCCAGGCGUGGGGUUUCGACCAGGGGCCGCUGCGAGCGCUGUGCUGCACUUAUCUGGCCCGUCCGAGGGCCCGCAUCGGCACCUGCCUCAGCGAUGCGGUCAUGGCGAAUGGCACGGUGGUUGCUGGAUGUUCGCGCGCCGCGGCUUUGGCCCAUCUCCUCCGCAUCUCGGCCCUCAGAGCAGCGGCUGUGGCGGCUCCCUCUGCCAGGAUCCUCAACGUGGUCGACGACGUCUCGUGCUAUGUGACUGGGCCCUGCACCUGGGUUUCCCAGCAGCUCGCCGCUGCUUAUCGGGCCUUCUGCCUCAAGGUGAAGGAGGCCCACCUGCCGCUCAGCAGGAACAAGACCAAGGCGUUGGCCACCGGCAGGAAGCUGCGAGAAGCCCUCAUGCGCCAGCCUGGCUGGGACAUCGAGGGGGGCGACUUCGUGGACGUGCGCAGGAACCUUGGUGGCGACUCUGUGGCUGGUUCCUACCAGCGGGCGACGACAGCAGUGGCUCGGGGAAAGGCCGCCCGCUGCCAAGGGGGGAAGCUCACCAGGCCUGUCAGGCCCUCAAUCAGCCGUGCGAGAGUUGUCAGAGCAGGGCCCACGGCUAAAGCUUCCUGGGGGUCGGCGAUCAUUGGAGUGCCCAACGGCCGCUUGCGGCGGCUGCGUGUCGGAGCCAUCAAGGCGAGAGGUCGCUUGGGCCGUGGAGCCGCCCCGGGGCUGGCCAGCCUUGGUCAGUCAGGAGGUUGGCAGCGGGACCCUCCCACGAUCGUCGCCAAGGCGGCGCUGACGGCCUACGUCGAGAUGGUCUGGGCCCCCCUCCUCCCCGAGUCGGUGGCCCGCUCCUGCCUCGCCAUUGGCCUGGGCAUCGCCAAGAGGCAGCGCCCCUGGCGCAUGGUGAAGGAGCCGAUCAGCGCGCUGGUGCUCACGCUCGAGCGGGUCGGCUGGGGAUUCGUCGACUGCGACCCCUACAGGAUCCACGACGCGCUGGGCCACGAUGACCAGGUGCGUCGCUACUCGCAAGCCUUCUUCGGCCACGUGGUCUCUCCGGACUGCCGACGAGCCAUGGGCCUCGAGGAGGUGAAGCGGCACGGCUCCAGCAUGUGGGACUGGGAGAUCCAGCCUUUCUGGCAGCCGAUCCUCGGCCUGACCAGCCAUUGCCCCGAGGUGUGGGACCUGCGCCACCAGGGGGCUCAUCCAGAACACCUACGGCAUUUCAGGUGCGAGGCUCACGAAGGCUGGAGGCGGGAGUUCCUGGAGUCGCCCUUGCGGGAGGCGGUGGGCCGAGUCGAGAGGUUGGGCUACCCGUUCACGGAGCUCUGUGCCAGCAGGCUGUUCCCCGACAUCUCGGAGUUGGCCCGGCUGAAGGACGCUGAGGCCAUCAAAGUCAGGGCACACCUGGGGCCGCAAACCGUCAGGGAAGGUUUGGUCACGCAGUUCGAGCUUGAUGGCGUUGCUUUGGCCGAUGCGAGAUCUAAAGAAGGUGCCGCGGCAGCGCGGGUGGACAGCUGCGACAUCCACUGCGUCGACGGCCGCCAGUUCGUCGUUCGCCUGGCGGCGAGACUUGCGGCAGAGCAGGAGGGCGCCCUGGAGAUCAUCGACCUCGGCGAGUGGCCCGUGGACCCCGCGGAGGUCUGCGAGGAGGAUGCGGCCCCGUCGGCCAGCGCGGACCCCGUGUGCACAGGGGGGAGUCCGCUGCCAGGGCUCGCCGGGCAUUCCAGCGGGGAUGGUGAUCGGUCGAACGAUGCGCCUUGCCGCGGCCACAGCGCCGUUCGCCACGGUCCUGAGAAGGUGGACCCCGCCAGCCCGAACCUCCUGGCGCAGCGGCAGUUCGCGGCCUCCAAGCAGCAGUGUCAGGACGAGAGCGAGCUCCUGGUCGUCAUCAGAGUCGUGAAGGCGGAGCUGAAGCGCAGCUGCCUCAAGAUCGGCAAGAUGGACCCGUUCGCCGUCGUGACGUGGACGGACGGGGAUGGCUGCCAGUGGCAGGGCUCUCGCACGCAGACGGACCACAACGGCCACCUGAACCCGCAGUGGGAGCACACCUGUCGGGGCCAGCAGUACUCCGGUCGGGGCUGUGGUUACAGCGUAGAGUUCAGGGUCAAAGACAAG